AUGCCACAUAUUCUUCCUCCCGAAAUAGAAGAGGGAAAUAUUGAGUACAAACGGAAAUUAGUUGAUCCUACACCAAAUCGUUUUGAACAGCUUGUUACUCAAAUGAAAUGGCGUCUUAAUGAAGGUGGAGGCAAAGCCAUUUAUAAAUUAGGUGUAGAUGACGAUGGUCAUGUCAGUGGACUUCGUCCAUCUGAAUUAAUCAGUUCGUUAACAACACUUGAACGAAUGGCAAAGCGUCUAAACUCCACUCUUCAUCCUCUCAGAGAGCGUGUUAUUGAACCGACAACUAUUUCUUCGGAUAAAGAAUGUCGUAAAGCUAUUGAAGUGCUUGUUCGUCUAGCGCCAACAACCAAUGAAGGUUCACCAGAUUUAUGUGUAGCUUUAGUUGGUGGAAUGGAUUCAGGCAAAUCAACUUUAAUUAGUGUAUUAACCGAUGGUGAAUUGGAUAAUGCUCGCGGUAAAGCACGAUUAAAUCUAUUUCGUCAUUUACAUGAAGUACAAUCUGGUCGUACAAGUAGUUUAAGUCGUGAAUUAUUAGGUUUUGAUGCAAAUGGUAAUGUUACUAAUUAUAAAUAUGCUGAUGGUAGAGUUUAUCGACGUUCAACAGAAGAAGUUGUUCGAAUGUCAUCCAAUUUAUUAACUUUACUUGAUUUAGCUGGACAUUCAAAAUAUCAACGUACAACAUUAGCUGGUAUUUCUUGUAAUCAACCAAUAAUGGGCAUUUUAGUAAUAUCUGCUACAAUUGGUUUAAGUAGUAUAGGAUUAGAUCAUAUACAAUUAAUACGUUCAUUAAAUUUACCAAUGAUCAUUGUAUUAACAAAAAUUGAUCAAUUAUCUCAUGGAAUUGAACAAAUCAAACGUAUUCAUUUAAUUUAUCGUCAAUUAAUAUAUCAAUUUAAACAAAUUGAUAAUGCAUGGUCAUACGGUGUACCAUCAUCACCAAUAUCACAAACGAAUACAGACUAUUCAUUUAUAAAUGAUUGGAAAUUGAAUUCAGCUAGAGGGGAUUUCAAUGAUGAUUAUUUUAUGCCACCAUUUUUUCCUGUUUCAUCUGUCACUGGUCAAGGUAUUGAUAACUUAAUGCAUUUUUUAAGUCGUCUAAGUUGUUUAAAUCAAUCACCAAUGCCAACGUUAUCCAUGUCACCAUCAUCAACAACGACAACAAUCCAUCCAUUUGAAUCUUCUGAUCAUCGAAAUCCAGAUCAUCAUCCUCAUCAACAACAACAACAAUCUUUAGAAUUCAAUAAAUUUUCCAAUGAAACUCAUAUUCAAUUCAUAUUUAAUAAAAUAAAUGAACAAAUGAAAAUUAUUAAAACUUAUCGUGAUUUUAAUGUUAUAGUUGGACGUGUACAACUUGGUCAAUUAUUAAAUAAUCAAAUAUUAUGGCUUGGACCAGAUCAAUUUGGUGAUUUCUAUCCAGUUCAAAUUGUUAGUUUAAUGCAUAAUCGUCAAGUACAUGAUAUUGUAUACGCUGGACAAUCAGCAUCAAUGGAGGUAUAUUUUUUACCAAAAUCAUGGAAUAGUAUGAAUGAUAAACAACGUCAAAGCAUCUUACAUAGUAUAUCAUCACCCACUUCACUUUCAAUAACAUCAUCUUACAGAACAAUGAAUGAUCAUAAAAAGUCAUUUUCAUUAUUCGGUAAUAAUAAUGACAAUAUUUGUAAUGAUGUUGAUGAUAACUGUACUGGGAAUGAAGAGAAUAUUCCACAUAAUAAUAAGAAGAAGAAUAAUGUCAACAGUCUAUCGUCAUCAUCGUCAGAUAUUUAUCAAUUUUAUUCACCAAUAAAAAUACGUCGUGGAAUGAUUCUUCUCACUUAUCCAAUGUUAUUAACUGCAUAUUCAUUGUUUAAAACAUCAUCACCGGGAUUAUUACCAUGUACCAUCGAUUCUUCCCCGCUAUCAUCAUCACCAUCUGAAUUUAUUUGGAAUGAACAAUUAAAAUCUAAACAUUGUAUUAAAUUCACCGUAGUAUGGACAGUUAAAUUGAAACUAAUUCGUCGUCUACCUAUAGUAUCUUUUAAAUUAGGCAAUCCACCGGUAAUUUUAACGCCAAUUCCAUCAAUUGGACAACGUGUAAGUAUUUAUGCUGGAUGUGUUUGUCAAACUGGUGUUGUACUAGAAACGAUAAAUCAAUGUAAACAUGAAAAAGAAAUGCAACAGAACAACUUGAAAGAUUAUAUGGUGAAUAAUGAGAAUCAUUUAGAUGAUACAACGUACAUUUUACUACGUUUUACACGUCAUCCAGAAUUAAUUGAAAUUGGUCGACAAUUUAUAUUAACAUGGAAUGGAAAUUUAAAAACAAUCGGUUAUGCUGUUGAAUUAAUUGAUCCAUUAAAACAUCAUUAUAACCUUUCAUUGAAUACUCUUUCUAAUAAUAAUACAACAACUAGUACUAGUACUACCAAUGUUCAAGAUCCUAUUUGUUGGAAUAAUAAUAUUCAACAAAAUUCUGUAUCAUUUCAAGAGAAUGAUCAUUAUGAUUGGUCUAGUCUACGACAGUCAUUUAUUAAUCGAACAAUUUCAAUGAAUAAUUAUCCAUUUGGAUCUAUAGAUAAUUUACAUACAUCAUCUAACUUAUUAUUAUUAUCUUCAUCAUUACCAUCAACAAAUAUGGAAUUUUAUGGUCAUUUAACAAAUAAUGAAUCAUGUAAGAGGUCAGCAACAACAACAACAUCAUCAAACUCUUUAAUUCCUGUAAAUCAUUUAACAAGUUUAUCAGAAUUAGUACAAAAUCAUGAUAUUGAUAUUGAUGAUAACAUUAAUGAUAAUAGUAAUAAUAAUAAUAAUUCAACAGAUAUUGAUCAUUCUACACAGUCUAUAAUUGAUAUCAAUAAUGUUAAACAGUUUUCUGAAUCAUCAAUAUCCUCAUCGGGAGGAGUCGUCACAACAUUCACACCAUCAUCAUCAUCAUCUAAGAAUAAUAAACGACGUCAUAGACGAAAACAGAAACGUUAAUUCUUUCUAGAUCCUCUUUAAUUUAUCUCUGUUUUCUUUUAACAAUUUCAUGAUUUAUUUAUUUAUAGCUGGUUAAUUAAUCAGUUAGUUACUUAGUUCAGUUUACUAUGAUUAUGCUGUUGUCUAGCCUACUAUAAUAAUAAUCAUAAUUUCUUAUGAAUAUUGAACAAGGCAAUUAUUGUUGUUAAAAUUGAUCAUGUUGUACAUGUAAAUGGGUUGUUGUUGUUUUUUUAAAAAUUAUUUUCACAUUAUACAUAAAAUAGUUGAUCGUUCAUUAUUAUCAUUAACCUUCAGUUAAUUUAUGUAUACAUAUUUCCUUUUUUCUAGUAAUAUAUGAAUGUAAUUCAAUCCCUAUGUCCCUUUUGUGUGUGUGUGUGUGUUUGUAACUAGAAUGGUGAUGGUGUUUCAUCGUAACGAUCUAUCGACCAAUCUAUACAUCAUUACAUAUGAUGUAAUUUGGUCUGUUUUUUAUUUUGUGUGCGUUUUCUUUUUUUUUCAAUCUACUCUUACACUUAAUAGUGAUUACAUGUUCAAAAUAAAAUUGAUCUAUACUUACUACUACUAGUUACUAGGGUGGGGGUCUCUUCCCCAUUUUCUGUUACUUUGUUAUCUUCUAAAAACAAUCAACUAAUAGAAUUAUUAUUCAGAUAAACCUUCAAUUAUGAUGAUAUAAGUAGUGUUGUUGUUUUUUCUUCAUUUCUCAUCUGACUUUAUUGCAUGAAUACUGGAUGAUGUAUAUGUAUGUAUGUAUGUAUGUUUGUAUGUGCGUUUUUCUUCUUACAAUCAAACAAAAUGAGUCAAAUUCACUAAGGAAAAUAGUUAAUGACUUAGCUAGUCAGUAUAUUUAGACUUACUUAUUCCUAUUACCCCCAAAUCGACCAUGGGCCCACCGACCAGUAUAUUGAAACUAUUCCCUAUCAAGUAGUUGUGCACUUAUUUAUUAUUGUACAUUAUUAGAUUCUUUCUUUCUUUCCCCAAGUCUACCAUAACUUUCAUUGUAAAAUUUUAUUAUUUAAUAUCAUAUUGUUAUCCUUAUUAUUAUGAGUGAAAUUUUGUUUAUUUUUUUUUCUUUGUUUUAUUAUAUAAAUAUAAAAAAUAAACAAAUAAA